UUCACUGAUAAAGAGAGACCGUUCGUAAUUGCACACGAGAUAGUACAUCGCGAACAUAUCUUGCAGCCAAUACUGCAUCGCACAACCUAUAAGCGACGUUCGGUCACUCGCCAUUUGAAUGAAGUGCCCAAUCGGUGGUCUAAAAAGAAUCGAUAACAGAUAACCAGGGCAUGGAAUCGAGAUAUCUGGCAGUAUAAAGACCCCCAACCGGUGAGGGAAUGGUCAUCAAAGCCUCUACCAUCGGUCAUUGGUCAGCUGUGCCUGCCUGUCUGUCUCCAAAAUGUUCCGCUUCGUGCUUGCCGUCAUCUCGCUGGUCGGUCUGAUUGGAUCGAUCGAGUCCAUCGACUACUGCACCGCUAACCUUUGCCCUGCUGGAGUGCAGAACAUUGGCUGCAAUCCUCCUGCUCUGAGCGGUGGACCGAACUGUUUCGGAAGAUCCCCAGCGGUGGUACCGAUCACUGCCAGCCUUCAGUCGCUCAUCCUCGAUCUUCACAACAGUCGCCGCUCUCAGAUCGCCAAUGGUGGCCUCAGUCCGUUCUUUCCUGCUCGUCGUAUGGCUACGCUGCAGUGGGAUGCCGAGCUAGCCUCUCAGGCUGGCCACAAUGCUCGCUCGUGCACGUUCGCCCAUGAUCGCUGCCGCAACACGGUGGACUUCCGGUGGGCUGGCCAGAACCUGGCGCUCAUGCAGUACUCUGGACCGGCAAGAACUGUUGAGAGCAUUAUCGAUGGGUUCAUCGCUAGCUGGUGGAACGAGUAUCGGGACACUUCGACCGCACACAUUGACAGCUACCCUAGCAACCAUCAGGGCCCUGCCAUUGGACACUUUACGCAGAUGGCGAGUGAUCGCGCAUGGAAGAUCGGUUGUGCCAUGCAGAACUGGUUCCAGGAUGGAUUCUGGAACACCUACUACCUGGUGUGUAACUACUCCUUCACCAACAUUAUCAAUCAGCCGGUCUACGCGAGGGGAACUACUGGCUCAGGCUGUACGACUGGCAGGAAUCCGCUGUACUCCGGCCUAUGCUCGGUCAACGAAGUUAUCCCAAAUGUUCCAUAGACCUUGCCCAUGUUGUUAUCACAGCGUCUGAGCUGCUGAUCCAAUAAACAUCAAACUCGACUAC